GCUACACCCAACGAAGAAGAAGGUUUUCAGCGUAAAAUGUCGUUUUAACAGAGGACUGUAACGGUGAAAGGCAGAAAUUGCUUGUACUGACUAACAUACACAGUUAAAUGUGUCGGGGUAUUUUUUAUACUUUUCCUGAAACAGCUUCCAUUCAAUUUUUUUUUCUAUGAAAGAAGACCAUACAUACACAUUUCCUUGGAAAUCUCAACUGUUGCUUGAGGCGGACGUCAAUUCAAGAGUAUAAGACUGCCCUCACAGAAAAACAGAGAAAUUCUCUUUGGUCUAUGUAGGAGUACUACUCUUUCGGCUGGUGCUGAUGGAGUUCCCAGAGCACAGUCAGCAGCUCCUGGCGAGCCUGCGCUCCCAGCAGCGGCAAGGCUUCCUCUGUGACUGUCUAGUGCAGGUUGGUCCUUUGCGCUUCCAAGCCCACCGUGCCGUACUGGCCUCCUGCUCCCCGUUCUUCCACAUGUUUUACUCUGAACACCCACUGGGCACCAGUGGCAGCUCCUCAGGGGCCCGAAGGGAAACAGUCGUCACCAUCAACGGUCAGAUCGUCACCCCGGCGGCCUUUGGGCUGCUACUGGAUUUCAUGUAUGAGGGGGUGCUGAAGCUUGCCGCCCACCCACCCCCGGAGGACGUACUGGCGGCGGCCAGCUUUCUGCACAUGAACGACGUGGUGCAGGUGUGCAAGAAGAGACUACAGGGCCGUGGCCUGGCUGAAGCGGACAGCACCAGGGCUGAGGAGGUGGACGCGAAAGCUGCGUUUAAAGGACCUACAAGCGUAGUCACUGUCAGCUCUAGAGGUACUGUCGCCAGUGUGGGGACUAGUGGAAGUAGGGCACAGGAUGGUUCGCCUGGAGGGUCUUCCAAGGUGGUAGCAGUAACAAUGUCUGGACAAACGUCGGUGAGGUCACCUUACCACCAGUUUUCCUCUUUAAAGGCGGACACUCGGACGGUUAAUGUUCACAACAUUCAGGACGACAGCAGCAGUGGGACGGGCAGUCCAGAUUUAGCGGACACCACCCAGCCAGGCAUGGACUCUUUCCCUGCAGUAGGGGAAUUUGGUGCAGUCUCAGGCAGAAGAAAAGUACCAGUACGGACAGGAAAUCAGGAGUCUGCUCUCUCUAGUCCCUGCAGCACCACUGAAAUAUACUGCGGAACCAACAGUACCCUAUCCUCCUCGUCUCUACAGCAACCUCAUCAACCCCUCAACAGCACAGAGAACCAGCCCGUCGGGUCAGCAGUGGUCACCGUGGCUCAUGCCGGAGAUGGCGGCAGACUCAGCCCUGUGCAAGACGGACACUCGGAGAGCAGCUCUGGUUCAGCACGUCGCUCGAGCCAGGGAGCUCCAGCCCUCGCUACACCUCCCCUGAAGAGUCCAGGCCUGGGCAGCGGCAACGGCACGUCCCCUCCUCACCGCCCAGAGGAUCGGGCGGAACCGGAGCCGAGGCAGGAUUUCGUGAGGGUGAGGGUGGGCAGCGCAAGCGCCCGGCCUCCGUCUCCGGAGAGGCGACGGGAAUCGGAUGAGGAUGGGGUGAAGGUGAAGGUGGAGGCCAUCGUGAUUUCAGACGAAGAGUUGGAGGAAGCGGAAGGGGCGCGCGAGCGGAGUGGCACUGGAGCUCCGGAACUGUCCAGGGAGGCCAUGCAUUUUGACGACAGCAAUCCUGACAUGGAAGAAUUGGCCGGGACUCACUUCAUGGUCUCCAACCCUCUGGCGCACAUCUCUGAGCACCAGGAGCCUCUCUCCUUCCCCAUGUCGCCACAGGGUCAUAGUGCUUCCUCCUCAGACCCUGCGAGUUUUCCCGGCUCUCUCUUCCCGCAUGGGUCCCAUCACUCUGAGCACCAGGGUGUCUACUUCGAGGAAUUCCAAGACUCCCUCGGGAAUUAUGUGGAGGACGUGCCGACGUGCAGUACGUGCGGAAAGACCUUCUCCUGUGCUUACACGCUCCGGAGGCACGCCAUCGUCCACACGCGAGAGCGGCCCUUUGAGUGUCGCUACUGCUAUCGUAGUUAUACGCAGUCAGGCGAUUUGUAUCGGCAUAUUAGAAAGGCGCAUGAUCAUGACUUGCCAGCAAAACGCCAGCGGGGGGAGAACGACCCCGGGGGAGAUGAUCUGACCCAGCCUCCACCGCAGACGUAACGUCUACCAAAUCACUGCACAGCUGUCCACAAGACAUAGACACAAUGGAUCCCUUAAUGUUCAUGUGUGUCUGUUUUAUCUUCAGAUGAAAUGUAGUUCAAACUCUUUAUUAUGGUGUCACAAAGCAGCCUUGCUCACAUCAACAGUAGGUGUGUUUUUAGUGUAUUUGACUUGCACCCCAUUAAACAAUGACCUGAAAGCGGAGAAUCAAGGAAGAGAAGGUCAACUUAAAACAGAAGUAUGGGGAACUAGAGAUGUGAAACAAAAAAGUAGGAUGUGUUUGGAGAAUUUUAGGAUUUGAAUUUGAAUGGCUGCUUACAUUCAUGGUGUGUUUUAACGGGACGGUUUAAGAGGUAAUUUUGGACUCGCAACUUAUUUGUUUGCUGUGUGUGUGUCCACCACCAAAUACACUGGCCUAAAAUAUCUUGCUUACCACAAGGAGUAAUUGGCCCAAUCCCAAAGUCUGGACUCACAGGGCUGUCCCAAUGUUGCAUUUCAAAUGGCAUGAGGGUUUGAAUACACACUUACCAAGCCCUCUCCGUGAGGCUGCAUCAGUGCAGACUUCACCGAAGGAAAUUACCCCCAGUUUAAAGCGUUGUGACAUUUACACGGAGAGAUAGACGUCUAAAGUUUGCCUCCAAAAAAGAACCAAAAUGGCCAUCUUUGCCCAUAUAAGGAGAUACGGGUGUUAAUUGAAGCUAACUACCUAUGGCAAGUUGCAUUGCAAGUUAGCUCUGGGGUAGCAAAAAUCUACGUUUGCCAUCUUAACGUACCGAAGAUCACAGUACCCACUCGAAGGCAGAGGACAAAAGUGUGCAUUUCAGACUUCUUUGUCCCCGCAAGAGUUUAACAGGUGCGAUAAUUCAAAAUCCCCAUGUUAUUUUCCCAUAGGAAAAAUCACAAGAUACUGUAUCUCAAAGAUGGCAGCUUUUUUGUAGGCUAACUUCAGAGGUCUAUCGGGAAAUCCGUAAAUUACAAAGGUAAACAACAGCAGGACAUGUGCAUGUUGCAAGUGUCAUCAAAAAUUUGGUAUUAAACAUCGCCAAGGUAACAUGUGAUCUUGUGAAAUACUGUCCCAAUCCCAUUUCUACCUAUCUGAGCCCAUGUGGCCUCACACACUCAACCACUUAGCACCUGAGAUCAAUUAAGUCUGAGUCUUUAGUCCUCAGGGCUCACUUUGGGAUUCAGCCAUUAUGUUCAAAGGGGAAUUCUGAAUACUGCAGAGUAAUGUGUGUAUACUUGUAAUAAUGCCAAUAGUAAUUUGUCAUCACCGUUUCUCUUUUAAAACAUUUCUAGUGAACUUGUGAAAACCGGUAAAAUUGUUC